AUGUUCUUUUAUCUUUAUUUAUCAUCAUCAGCUAAAGAAGUUCUCAAGACUCAUGACCUAGAGACAUGCACUCGACCUAAGAUGGUCACGACCGGUUUGUUUUCUUACAACUUCAAAGACAUUGGUUUCACUCAAUAUGGAGAGGAAUGGGGAGAGAUGAAAAAGCUUAUAGGGCUUGAGCUCUUUAGUCCAAAAACGCAAAAGUCUUUUAGGUAUAUCAGAGAGGAAGAGAGUGACUUGCUGGUCAAGAAAAUUUCAAAAUCUGCUCAAACACAAACCCUAGUGGAUUUGGGAAAACCCCUUUUCUCCUUCACUGCCGGUAUUAUAUUUAGACUUGCGUUUGGACAGAACUUCCGUAAGUGCGAUUUUAUCGAUAGGGAGAGAGUCGAAGAGCUGGUGGUAGAGUCAGAGACCAACGUAGGCACCUUGGCAUUUUCUGACUUCUUCCCCACGGGUCUCGGAUGGCUUAUAGACCGGCUCUCUGGUCAAAGUUCGAGGAUGAACAAAGUCUUUUCCAAACUCACCAAUUUAUUUGAACAUGUGAUUGAUGAUCAUUUAAAGACUGAACAACAUCAAGAUCACUCAAACCUCAUCAGUGCCAUGUUGAAUAUGAUCAAUAAACCCACCAAUAUAGGCUCUUUCAAGAUCACUUCCGAUCAUCUCAAAGGAGUCAUGUCGGUUAGUGUGUAUGAUUUCUUAACUGGUACUCUGAUUCGAGCAACACUCGGUUCCAACAAAGAGAGAAUCACAGAAGAAGAUCUAGAGAAAGUUGAGUACCUAAAGAUGGUGAUCGAGGAAACAUUCAGACUACACCCACCUGCUCCACUCUUGCUCCCAAGAUUAACAAUGUCCGACGUCACAAUUCAAGGCUACAACAUUCCCAAAAACACCAUGAUUGAGAUCAACACUUAUACCAUAGGUCGUGAUCCAAAAUGUUGGACUAACCCUGAAGAAUUCAUUCCUGAGAGGUUUUCCAACACCUCUAUAAACUACAAGGGUCAGCAUUUCGAGCUCUUGCCCUUUGGAGCUGGUCGUAGGAGCUGUCCCGGAAUGUCCUUGGGAAUCACCAUUCUUGAGCUAGGCCUUCUUAACCUUCUUUAUUUCUUUGAUUGGCGUUUGCCCAAUGGAAUGACCAUUGCUGACAUUGACAUGGAAGAAGUUGGAGCUUUAAACAUAGCUAAGAAAGUACCUCUUGAGCUCGUACCAACUCUUCAUCAUUCGUGA